UCUCGCGACCUUUCAUUCGCUUUGCGCUAUCGCCAGGGCAAAAACGAAGCCCACGAAUAUUCCUCUUCCCCUUCUCGCAUUGUUCUCGCCCCUCGCCGGUAGUUUCCGCCGCCUCCGAGCUCGGAAUCAGCGGUUUUCCGGUUCGUUGUCGCGAGUUUCUUCCAGCGGUUCGCCUGAAUUCGGCAAGGUGCGAUCGAGAUUCGCCAUGGCUAGCUCCGGCGAUGGAGAGAACGGCGAGAACCGCCGGGCGCGACCGGACCGCGACGAGGUCGGCGAUCCGUCGUCGAUCGACGCGUCCUCGGUGGAGUCCGGGCCGAGCUCGAGGGUCUCGAGGGGGGCAGCCGGGGAGGAGAUUGGGAUGGCGGAGAGGCUGACGGACGUCUUCGUCGGGGGAGGCGACGGAGAUCUGCUGAUGCAGCGGAGCGAUCGGGAGGAUAGGGUUCUGCAGUGGCUGCAGGUGCUCGAUAUGCAAGUGGUUGGGGCCUGCCGCGCGGAUGAGAGAUUGAAGCCGUUGUUGAAGUCGAGUGGGUCGAGCAGCGCGGCUGAGGAUCGGUUGUUGGCUCACCUCAGUCAGCACUUUGAGCCUGCGGAAGUUGGAAUACUGGCGAGAUGCUUUUGCAUGCCACUUGUUUCGAUUCGAGUAGGCAAGAUAGACAAGCAAGGGACUCUUCUUUGCCCCACAUCGACAAGGGGGAACUUAAAUCUUAGUCUUUUGCCCACAUCUGAUUUGCGCUUGUCAUUUGUCGGGGACAAUGGUCAGACAGAGAGGCUAGUUACUUUAAGCGGCUCGACCGAAUCUUCUUCCAUUGUGAUUGAGGAAAUAUUUGAAGAUACUUCGGGUAGAUCAUUCGUUCUCAAAAUGCUGGAUGGGAAUGCAUUUUACUUUUGGUGCUCGGAGAAAUCAAAGCUCUUGGGAAUUGAAUUGCUUAGAAAGAUGAGGGAGUUACUCAAUCAGAGACCUACUGUUGCUGAAUUGACUGGAAUAGAUAGGUCACGUCUUGAGUGCUUUGCGAUUCACCUUCGAGCAUAUCUAAUGGGAUCGGCUGUAAGUAAAAGCCAAGCUAGUUCUUCGGGCAUGCCAAUCCUAUCGGAUGGGAUUGCGAAUGAUGUUCCUAAUGCAAGCGAAAAUACGCAAUCGUUUACUUCAUCUAAAUCCCUUCGCCCCCGUUAUGCCAGCAGUCAAGUAGUAAAAGCUAAUUCAUGCCAUCAAGUCCUAAGUCCCAGAGCGAGUUCGUUUAAAGAAGGUCUGGCCAAAAACUUGACCACAAGGAGUACAAGGGAGAAGUUGAGGAAGCUUGGGGAGAAUCACUUUGCAGCAGUUGACAACUUGUCAGCUGCUUUACCAAUCGUUGCUGAUACUUUCAAUUCAAGUUCUUGCAACAUCAUACAAUCUCAAGAUUCACUGGAGAACAAUUCACUCACUCCUUCCGACGUCCUGGAAUCACUAGGGAAAUUGACAUUCCCACCCUGUUUAAGCACAUCGUCUCAAGUUCCUUCUCUGUGUCAACCCAUUUUCUCCCCAUACUACUGUCUGUGCCCUCCCGGGGCAUCGACACUAGAACACCCAGUUCCGCCUCCGGUGUCAGCAUCUGCUUCAGAUGGAUAUUCAGUUCCACCUUUAUCUGCUUUACUACCUCCCGUUCCUUCCAGUUUAUUCAUGGCGACACAGCCUUUAAACUUGGAAGAUCUUCCUCCGCUAGAUUUUCCAACUAUUCUUCCAGACCCGUUGGCCUGUCUACCAAAGCCCAGUUCUCAACAAAUCCCGACCUUUACGCCUUUGAUGUGCGAUCCGAUCGUUCACAUUCCAGUCAUUGAUGUCUGUUCUGCAGGACAAGGUUACCUGGUGAGCGCGGGGCCCACUGUUACAACUGCUAUCGGGCCCCUGAACCCAAAACUUGUGAGUCCAUUGAUUCCCGAGACGAGUUUGGUGGUUGAAGAGGGUGCGAGAGAAACUCUGCGCCUUCUGAUUAGCGGUUCAAGCGCCAAGAUUACGCAGUCGAUUGGCAUGUUCCCUGUUGUACUGAGUAAUGCUGAUGAGAAGCAAAGUGCGGUUGUUGCUGGAAGCAGGGGUCUGUACUGCGGAAUUAGGGAUGUCGAUGCUUUUUCGAGCAGAGGUUUUGCUGCCAUGGGAUUGUUCUCCCUGUCCGGUAGAUCUGCAGCAGAGAGUGCAGCAAGGAGUUGUGACAUUGUCAACGGUUUGGAUGUUCAACCGAAUGGAUCUAGCAGCUUUGGUGAAUCAAACGCAGAUGUCGACGAUUCCCUUUCCGAGAAUGCCGGGAAGACAGAUUGAUGAAUGUUCGAUGUUUUCAGAUGUCGAUUCGUUUCUGUUCGUAGAAAGUGUAGAUAUAUGCUGCAGGUUUUUCCGUAUUUUAAUCGAAAUAAGCUCCCCCAAAUUGGGGUUUUUGGUGCUUUCAAUGCUCUGUUCCAACAUCUGUAGUUUUUUCUUUUUGGUCAAUCCACAUCUGUAGUUUGAGUAUCUUGAAAUGUGGACGUUGAGGGCUUACUUUUGUUAUUUUGAUAGUUGUAAAUGUGAAUCUGAGUUGUCUUUUCUUUA